UAAAUUUGUCAGUUGCUAUUGUAUCGAUGGUUAAUCAGACAGCUGUGCCACACAGUGAUGAUAACAUUACUGAUGAUUGCCACGAACUGAAGCCCAUUAAUGGAACAUUUAUACCGAGCGCAGGAGAGUUUGAUUGGGACGAAAAAACUCAAGGUGUUAUAUUGGGAGCUUUCUUCCUUGGCUAUGUAAUUACAAAUGUACCGGGCGGCAGAAUGGCGGAGAAAUAUGGUGGAAAAUUAAUUUAUGGAUUAGGAGUAUUUUUGACUGCAGUAUUAACUGUGAUUAGUCCUUUUGCAGCAUAUAUAGGAUUAGUACCAUUUUUAGCUGUGCGAAUAGCUGAAGGAUUCACGGAGGGUGUAACAUUCCCAGCAAUGCAUAGUAUGUUAGCACAUUGGGUGCCACCUUUAGAGAGAAGUAAAUUCGCUGCUGUGGUAUAUGCAGGAGCAAACUUUGGAACUGUUAUAUCGUUACCAAUGAGUGGAUGGUUGUGUUCGUUAGAACUUUGGGGUGGAUGGCCUCUUGCAUUUUAUUUAUUCGGAGGACUUGGUAUUGCGUGGUACGCGUUUUGGCUGAUAUUUGUGUUCGACACACCAGCACAACAUACCAAAAUCGAUCCCCUGGAAAGAGCUUACAUCGAAGCUAGCGUGGAAAAGAGAGACGAGGAGAACGAUCCAGGAGUUCCAUGGUUAUCGGUCUUCACAUCAUUGCCUAUGUGGGCGAUAACGAUAACACAAUGCGGACAGGCAUGGGCAUUUUAUACACUUUUAACCGAGUUACCAACGUACAUGGAUAAAAUUUUGCAUUUCGACGUGCAACAGGAUGCAUUUCUGUCAGCACUGCCUUAUCUAAGUUCUUGGAUCGCUACAAGGUGCAGUUUUUGCUGGGAACCAAAUGAAUCAUAUUGCCUUAGCACCACGGUAUGCAGGAACUCUUUAUGGAUUGUCGAAUGCUGCAGCGAAUGCUUGUGGAUUUUUAGCACCUUACAUUAUUGGAAGACUGGUUCAAGGACACGUUAG